AGACUGUCAAGUAUCUGAUAUUCACAUUUUUCUUACCAUUUUUUCUUGUUAGCGACAACAACCCCAGAUCCAACAACUGCUCCAAAGGAGGACAAUAUGUAUCCAUACGGCCCGCAGCAGAAUGAUAACGAGUUUCGUCUUGAAGACUCUCCAUACUUCUCCUCCUCCCACUGCUUGAGGAUCGACACCGAUUGGACUGGAUUUCCAUUCUUCUCGGAGAGGCAUUACAAGCUGCAUAUAUGCCGCAAUGGUAUAAUCCAGUUGAAUUAUGAAUGGAGCUGGUGGUGGCCAAGGAAGUUUGGUGUCUACUGGUGGCUGAGAAAUAUGGCAAUUAUUGCACCGUUCUGGGCCACGACUGAUACGCACUUUGCCUUUAGAGCUGAUCAUUCCAAGGUAUAUUAUCAAGUAUACAGCCAAACCAAGAAAAGCUCUUCUGAAAUCCUCAACAUGGCCUCACAAGAUGUAAAGCGCUAUGGCGACAGUAAAAAAUUUGCCAACUUCGCUGCCAGUUGGGUUCUUGUCGUGACCUGGCAGAAGCUCUGUCCAUACGUCUAUUAUCCAUAUUACUACUACUACAGAUACUAUUAUUCUGGGGAAAACUUUCCCUUAAACUGUCCCUGGAGUAACACUUUUCAAGCUGUCAUAAUUACGGAUGGAUUAAACACAUUUUUGAUGUACAAUUACCCUGAUGGUGGAAUUCAGUGGGUGGUUCCAGCGGAUCCAGACAAUUACCGUUACUGGACUAGUUACUAUGGUCUUCCUGUCGCUGGCUGGAACGCAGGAAAUGAUGGCAAAGAUUAUAAAAACCACAAAGACUCGGCUACAUUUGCAAUGUAUGAUCUUGAUAAGAAAGAAGGAAAUACGGGUUCGUUGGGAAGGUACUUUUGGAGGAUCGAGGACAGCGAUGGGACAGGUGCACGGGAGAAGUGCUUAUCAUGGGCUCUUCUUAAUGAAUUCGCGAACAUUCGUUACUUGUACCACAUCUUAAUAAAAUCAGACCCGGAGAUGGCAUGUCCUUGUACUUGGUGGCAAGCGUGGCUGGACUGGGGAAGAUUCUCCUGGAGCUGGUGGUAUUCGUGGCCUGAAGUCUGUUAUGAAUCCAGACGUUCCAAAUUCGUAUAUUAUUAUUCUACACUAACAGGAUUAGUUGGACUUUGGCUGAGACAGGAAUGUUGCUACUCCACUGACUGGAGAGACUGGGGAUCUCUCAAGCUUGGUCCUCCUGACGGCGGUCAUGUGAAAGUGACAGCUUUCCAUUACUGGUACAAUCACGUGAAAACGUUCUCCUUGGACGAGGAGGCCUAUCAAUAUUGCUGCGUUGACAUACCUUUGUGCAAUCAGUUUUACCUUUAUCGUCCGUCUGAUAGCUGUUCCCUUUACAGUCCUCCACCAAGACGUUGGUUCUGGGGCGAUCCUCACAUUAAAACGCUGGAUGAUGGGAAUUACACGUUCAAUGGACUUGGUGAAUACGUCAUGAUUGAUGCACAAAAUGGAACAUUCCAGCUACAGGCCAGAACAAAAGCUGCCCAGGGAAAUUCAACAACCGCCACUAUUUUCUCAGCCGGCGCAGCGAAAGAAAAAAAUACGAGCACCAUUGAGGUCCGAGUAAAGGAAGGCGGUGGACUCGAUAUCCUGAUAGACCAAGAAAAGUACGAAUACUACGACAAGCUGACAAACCAAAGUGUAGAAGUUGGUAGAAACCUUUCUGUCUCAAAAUCGGAAGAAAACUGUUUACAGGUUUCUUUUCCGUCAACAAUGUCGGUGAAUUUUUGUGAGAAAAAGGAGAUGCUGUCGUUCGUCGUAACUCCAGCAGACGUUUACAAGAAUACCACCAAAGGCUUGCUGGGAACGUGGAACGAUAACCCAGAUGACGACUUUACAUUGCCUAAUGGAUCAGUUUUGCCAUCAUCUUCAACGUUGAGAGAGAUUCACUUCGGGUUUGGUGUAAAAUGGCAAAUCAACCAAUCCCAGUCACUCUUCACCUAUGCUCCAAAUGAAACCGUGGAUACCUUUAAAAAUACUAGUUUCGUUCCCAUGUUUGCGGAUAACAUCACGUGGCAAAACGACAGUUUAAGAGUAAAAGCUGAAGAAGAAUGUGGUGAAGAUUACGAGUGCCUGUUUGAUGUGGCCUCUACAAACGAUCUGUCUGUUGGCGUGGUAACCAAAGAUAUCAGCAUUCAGUUGGUCAACGAAUCGAACGCUCUUAACAACUUCCCACCCAAGAUAGUAACCGAAUCAAAUGUGAUAAAUGUCACACUUCAUGAAACAGCUAAGCUGAAUAUCACUGCUGUGGAUAACGAUACCAUAACAUUUCGUGUGAUUAACAAGCCUGCUGAAGCUACAGUGAACCAAAGUGGAAACGUGCUGUACUUUACAUGGAAUGUUACUUCGUCGCAAAAGUUCAAUCUGUCAUUCGUUGCUACUGACGACAAAGGCGCAAGUGCCACCUGGAGUCCAACAAUUAACAUGUGCGCCUGCAACCACGGCGGUCAGUGUGUGCAACCAGAAGAAGGUGACAAUGUCAACACUGACAGCAAGUUUGUAUACAUGGGUUGCGCAUGUCAGGGGGGAUACACAGGAAGGUUCUGUGACAGUGACAUUGACGCCUGCGAGAGUAAUGGUCAGCCCUGCUAUACAGGAGUUGAGUGCAUUGAUCUUCCACCGCCAGCCAAUGCCAGUGGGUAUAAAUGUGGACCCUGUCCAUCAGGAUAUACUGGAGAUGGCGCACAGUGUGCAGACUUUGAUGAAUGUCAAAAUAAUUCGUCAAACAACUGUGAACAGCUUUGUGUCAAUUUUCCGGCUUCGUUCUUCUGUGACUGUCGCGGCGGAUACGAACUAAACGCUGAUGGUCGUAGCUGUGAUGAUAUUAAUGAAUGCGAACCUUCAAAUGACUGCAUGCAGAAGUGUGACAACAGUAUAGGAAGCUACAACUGUUCAUGUGACGAGUUCUUCAAACCUGAUCCCACUGACUGGAGAAACUGUACAGCCACAAACCCUUGUAGUCCUGGACAUGGCUGUCAACAUGUCUGCUUCAAAGGAAGCAAUAACCAAGCAACGUGUGCAUGUUUUGCUAAUUACGAGCUGGAGAAUGAUGGAAAGGCCUGUAGAGAUAUCGACGAAUGUGAUCCAGCUGAUCCUCUCCAUCGCUGCAGCCAGAUUUGUGAAAAUACCCCAGGAAGUUAUAAAUGUUCUUGUCAAGAAGGAUUCGAAUUGCACAGGGAUGGUUACCAAUGUGAAGAUGUCAAUGAAUGCCUGGAUGGAGACUUGUACAACUGCCCAGAUGAGUUCCACAAGUGCGUCAACACUCUCGGCUCGUACAAGUGUGGAUGUGAACAAGAUCUGUACUUUAUUGAUGGCAAAUGCAGAGGUCUAGAGAGGGAUGUUCCACCUCCUAAGCCAGUGUUACCUGAACCGCGUGUGCCAUCAAAGAAAGAGAAGGAAGAAGCUGUGCAGUUCGUAAUUCCACUUACAAGCGAUUUUGAAUGGGAUUUCGAAAAGGACAAGUCAUUCAAAGACAAAAUGGCCUCUGUAACAACGGAUUUCUGCACUGAGAACAGAACAAGAUGUGCCCUAAAGGACGCCAGGCGAAAAAGACGUUCACCUUUUUUUGACCUCUACAACGCUGACCAGGUUCACCUACUGCCUGGUUACCCCAGCAACGCAUCGGGCUUUCUCCAGGUAGCGUUUUACGUGCAGCAGCCUCUUGGACUCUUUAUCGGAAAUAUCUCGGUCCUGCCUCGCAGUACACUGGUGGACAUUGUUAUAACUCACAAGUCCGCGCUUGAGACCGCUAUUGGUGCAAACAUCUCUGAUAUAGAAGUUAUCUUCAAACCUGCCACAUCGACCACGUCACCAACAGCGGUACCAGUUGAGCCAAGCAGCGAUGUUUGGAAGUGGGCUGUAAUUGGCGUUUGUGUAGGAGUGGUGGUCAUCAUCUUGAUUAUUGUGAUCGUGUUUUGGUGCCUGAAAAAGAGAGCAUUUGGAAACCCACAGGUGAAGCCCAUAGUGGAUGAUGAUCCUCAGGAACGCCUAACUUUGAAAUCUUUCCACCAGUCUUCAAGCGUAUAACGUAGACCAUGGAAACGCGUACGUUUGACAGAGUACCUUCUUUCAAACUUGAAACACCGUCAUACAGUGCAGUUUUUAACAUUUUUACGGUGCCCCUGCCUGCUUUAAUUUAGUAUUUUUUUAAAGACUCUUUUUAGAAAAGUCAUAUCCAGAAAUCUAAAAAGCUUAAAUCUUGUAAUCGUUCCCUCAACUCCGUCAUAAUAAGUAUACUCUUUAGUAGUUCAUUUAGCAUAUCUUGUUAUAAUAUGCUAUUCAGACUUGUUGCCAUUUAUAAAAUUUUUGUAUUACUUGA